UUGGUACAUACUGCUAGUCGGAUUGCCCUAGAGGCUGUUCUUGGCUUUGUAGCUGACCUAAGAUGGCGGCACAAACGCAAAGCGGGAUUCGGCUCAGCGCGCUGUGUCCAAAGUUUUUGCAUACAAAUUCUACCAGUCAUACGUGGCCUUUCAGUGCAGUUGCUGAACUGAUAGAUAAUGCCUAUGAUCCUGAUGUGAAUGCUAAGCAGAUAUGGAUUGAUAAAACUGUUAUUAAUGACAUCGUAUGCUUGACAUUUACUGACAAUGGAAAUGGCAUGACUUCAGAAAAGUUACAUAAAAUGCUAAGUUUUGGCUUUAGUGAUAAAAUUUCAAUGAAUGGUCGUGUCCCCAUUGGAUUAUAUGGAAAUGGAUUCAAGUCAGGCUCAAUGCGCCUAGGUAAAGAUGCAAUUAUUUUUACCAAAAAUGGUGAAAGUAUGAGUGUGGGCUUAUUGUCACAGACGUACCUGGAAGCUACAAAAGCAGAACAUGUUGUUGUCCCGAUUGUAGCAUUCACCAAGGACCGAAAGAUCUAUAAUUUAGCCGAGUCAAAAGCCAGUCUUAGAGCAAUUCUGGACCAUUCCUUAUUUCCUACGGAACAGAAGUUAUUGGCUGAACUUGAUGCUAUUAUGGGUAAAAAAGGAACAAGAAUCAUCAUUUGGAAUCUUAGGAGAGACAAUAAUGGAGUAACAGAAUUUGAAUUUGAUAAGGAUAAAUAUGACAUUAGAAUUCCGGAAGAUUUAGAUGAAACAGGGAAAAAAGGGUACAAGAAACAAGAAAGACUGGACCAAAUAGUUCCUGAAAGUGACUAUUCCUUGAGGGCUUAUUGCAGUAUACUAUAUUUAAAACCAAGAAUGCAAAUCAUUUUACGAGGACAGAAAGUGAAGACACAGUUGGUCUCCAAAAGUCUUGCUUACAUUGAACGUGAUGUUUACAGACCCAAAUUUUUAGCUCCUAAAACGGUAAGAAUUACCUUUGGAUUUAACUGCAGAAACAAAGAUCAUUAUGGGAUAAUGAUGUAUCACAAAAAUCGGCUCAUCAAGGCUUAUGAAAGAGUUGGUUGUCAGUUAAAGGCAAACAACAUGGGUGUUGGCGUAGUUGGAAUUAUAGAGUGUAACUUCUUAAAGCCAACUCACAAUAAACAAGAUUUUGACUAUACAAAUGAGUACAGGCUCACUAUAGCAGCAUUGGGAGAAAAGCUUAAUGAUUAUUGGAAUGAAAUGAAAGUGAAGAAAAAUACAGAAUAUCCUCUAAAUUUACCUGUUGAAGAUAUGCAGAAACAGCCUGACCAGACAUGGGUUCAGUGUGAUUCCUGCCUAAAAUGGCGAAAACUACCAGAUGGAAUAGAUCACCUUCCUGAAAAAUGGUAUUGCUCCUUGAACCCUGACCCACAGUUCAGGAGUUGUAGUGUACCAGAAGAACCCGAAGAUGAUGAUUUGGUGCAUCCCACAUAUGAAAAAACCUACAAAAAAAGAGAUAAAGAAAAAUUCAAGAUGAAACGACUGGAAUGUAAUCCUCAGUCUUGUAAUGAAUUAUUAUAUAUGAAAAGCCACCCUGUCUCUUCAAGUAAAGAUUUCACCAUCUCAGUGAAGGAAAGUAUUACAAGAUCACAUCUGUCAUCUCAAUUGGAUCUUGACAACAACAGCUUAAAACGGAGAAAUUCUGGGUGUUUGACUCUUUUGAAUGCAAAGAUAUCAAAAUAUAAUGAUGACGAUAAUGAUGAUGAUGAUGAAGAUGUAAUUAUCUUAGAAGAAAACAGUACCCCCAAACCUUCUGUAGUAGAUUCUGAUGUUACAAUAGUAAAAACUGAACAGAUUCAUAUAGAGCAAAAUGAUGUUCAGUCUGAGAAUAUUGCUGACAUAGAAAUUUGUGAGCCAACUAGUUCACUGAUCAGUUCAGUAUCUGAGUCUGGAUGUGACUAUGAACAGAAAUCUGCUGCAACACAAACUGAAAUUCCAAAAUUAGCAGUUAAAAAGGAAGAAAAUAUCGAAGAUGACAUGAAUGUCCAAGAUGGUACCUCUCAACCCACUUUAGAAGCUGAAGCAAGGCAAGACAUCCCAAAUAUAUUUGAAAAAUCUUCAGAUGACGUUGGAUACCAGUUAAGUGAACUUAGAAAUGAAUUUCAGCUUGUCAGUGAAGAAAAAGAAAAUUAUAAAAGACAGUGUGAAAUGUUAAUGGAAAAAGUGAAAACAUUAGAAAUGAAGAUAGUUGAAAUGAAUGAUAAAUAUGUGAAAAAGGAAACUUGUCAUCAAUCAACUGAAACUGAUGCUACAUUUUUACUUGAAAAUGUUAAUGGAAUUUCUGAAAAUCCAGAUCAGAUGGCAUUUCAGUUUGAGCAAACGUUGAAAGAGAUAGAAAAGCUGACAGAACACUGUAACACUUUGCAAAAUUUAAAAGCUGAAUGUAGUAAAUGUUCAAGCAGUGAGACAAAAACUGAAGUGGAUGAAAUGGCUGUACAACUUGAUGAUGUUUUCAGACAACUCGACAAAUGUAGUCUUGAAAGGGACCAAUAUAAAAAUGAGGUGGCAUUAUUAGAAAUGGAAAAAACACAAAUAGGCUUUCAGUGUGAAGAACUCAAAACUGAAGUCGAACAACUAAAAACAUCAAUUUCACAAAUGACAAGAUCAGAUGAUUCAACGACUAGUAACAUUGAAGCUUCUAUGAAUUAUUCUGAUAGAGAAAGCCUCAAACUUCGAUCCCUUCGAGUUAAUGUGGGCCAGCUGCUGGCUUCAAUUAUGCCUGAUCUAGAUCUACAGCAAGUAAAUUAUGAUAUUGAUGUAGUUGAUGAAAUUUUAGGACAAGUUGUUGAACAAAUGCAUGAAAUCAGUAGUACGUAAAAUACAUUUUCUGUAAAAUAAUUUUCUCAGUAUUUCUGUUACUCAGAUGUGGGCAAUAUUAUUCUUUUUUAAAGGUACAGAAAUUAAUGAAUUAAAGUACUAUGUAUGCCUAUGGAAAAAAAUACAUAUUCUAUGCACUCCGAUAUUCCCACAAAUGCUGUGGAUACUUUGUUAUAACUUUAAAAAAUACUGAAAGGUGUUGAUCUUUAGCCAGAAAUUGUAUUACAAAUAUAAAUGUAUUUAUAAUUAAGUCCGCAUAUAUUUUUUAUGAUGAUGUUGGGGACUUAGUGUUUUCACUAAGAGCUUUUCUGAUCACCUCAGACCUUUGUGCAAUCUUUCCAGUCCCUCAAAUUAUAUUUUUUUCCUAAAGUGAGGAUUGUGCCACAAUUUAAAUGGAGAGUUUUCCUUUAGCUUUCUUAUAAAAAGAGUCUUGGGGAAUUUUUACUUUAGUCUACCUAUUUAUGACAGAUUAGUGCCUGCUUUAACUAUCUUCAGUAAAUGGCUGUUAGAUUCUUUUAGAUGAUUUCCUUUCCUUGAAAUUGAACAUUCUUUAAAACAAUGUAGCAAUAACAAUGGUUUUUAGGUUUUUUUGGUGAUUUACCCUUUAUCAUACUUAGGUCCUAUUUUAAUUUCAGUACUAUUAUUUUUCACCUGCAGAGAUUGCCAAUCAUGUUGAUUUACAGAAGUAUUUUUUAAAAUAAGGAGAGAUAAGCUUAAGUAUCAGAAAAUAAGAGGGUUAACUAUAUCCAAUGUUUAAUAAACAUCAUAAAGCUCAUUUUUGUCUUUUGUGUGAAAAAUGAAUGGUGUUUUUGUUUUUAAUUUUUUGAAGUUUUCUGUGCAGCCUGUUUUAAGCUACUUCACAAUAUUGCUAGAUCUCUUUAGCAACACAGCAUUCUUAGUUUUGUUACCAACUUAAAUAUUCAUCAUUCUUAGGUUAAAUUGGAACUUAACUGUUCUAGAGUUAUACUGUUGCAUACCAUAUUGCUUUAUUAUGCUUUGUAUUUGCUGCAUUUUGGUGGGAUUUCUAACAGGUGGAUGUUUCUAUUACAUCUAACAUGUAUAUAAACAAUUCAGAACCAUAUUUUUCUCAAUUAAAAUGUGGGAUUUUUCAAAUCACUUAUUAUUUAUUUUAUUUUAUUUUUUUUUGGAACAAUUCAAUACUUGUAUAGGAUACUUUUAUAUGGUAUGCAUAAAAUACAUAUAGAUCAUAUUAAGAUAUUAACAUUUUUAUGGUACAUAAGACCCCUUCCAAAAGCAACAAGUCAAUGAAUUUGGUUAUCUGCUUGUUAAUCAAAAAAGUGAUUAAAAGUGUAUUUUUUGUAUAAAAUGGUUUUCUGUCAUACUUGUAACUAGUCAAAAAAAAUUUUUAAGCUUGUAAUAAACUACAUAAUGGCUAACUUCA